CCCACGUGAUUGCAGACUUUUGCAAUAUGCUACCAUAUGAAAAUUGACAAGGAAAUUUGAGGAGGUCAGUUAGUCUUAGAGGAUACAGCAGGUACAGAACUUUCAAAUCCGAGUUCAAUGGGUUUCUAUACGAAACGCGUGCCGAGAUGCAUUCAACAGCGUGUCGACAUGUCUACGCCGCAGACGGGAGUGAGAAUACCCUGCCUCUGUAUUAGACUCUCUCUUCAUUGCCCUAAGAUUUCAAUGUAUCUGGUGGCUGCAAUGGUCGCAAGAAUUGCGUCACCUUUUCCUGUGCGGCUUUUCGUAUCUGAUAUUCAGAUCAAUAAUUACCAUGACGCGGCUAUUUAUGGUAGGGCCACAGGAUUCGUACUCGCAUUCGCGCUGCUCGGUUUCCGUCAGCACAACAUAUACUAUCGAAAGAAAAGCAACCAUUCUCAACCUCCAUCGUCAUGAGAUGAAUAAACAAACCUUGAGAAAUCCACAUCAUCAGCGGCAAAUCAUACUAUAAUAUAGCCGUCAAGCUCAUAACAAACUCACGAUGUAUCCCAACAUCUCGGCGACUUUAUAAAAUCUGUAAC